ACAUACUGGGUUGGUAACCAUAGCAACUGAAGCACCAGCAUGGCAGGAUCGCUAAUUGUGAUGGAAGGCUUCAUGCACGUGAGUGCGAGGCAGCGAAUGACUUUAUCCCGCCUUUGUUACGGCUUUGAUACUACCUGCGAAGGCGGAAAAUUGCCACGGGUUGGCUUUGACCCGCCCAUUCCACGUCGGUGUUGUCUCGACAGAAGGGCAGCACUGGGAAAAAGGUGGGAAAGUGACAUCUUUGCAACCGCUGUGGCAGGGGAACGAGGAGACUGUAGCCUCUUUCACACGGAGUGGCCGCAAAAUUGCCGCAUCGGAGCGAUAACGCCAGGCUACCCCCCUUUGCACACGUCGCUUCUCCCUCGGAGGUCGAUGACAUCCUGAAGGGAGCCCGCAGCAGCUCCAAUUGGCUCCCAGUCCAAGGAUGCGGCCAAUCGGAUUCGUCCCUGGGCUGCGUGUGUUUCCCCUUCCCCGACUCCCUGUCUUGCGCAUCACUUUCAGGCUCCCACAGUGCUACAUGGAUGUCCGUCGGCGCGACGGCGGGAUUUCCGGAGCCCCGGUGAUGGAGGAGGGGGCACAUGAUGCACAGAUGCCGAGGCAAUAGACGAGGAGAGCGCAGUAGAAUUGUAACGAGACCUCAGAAGCGAGGAGGAGGAGGGGAGCGGCCGUCGUUCAUCCACGCAGGAGCCCGGGCGUCUUCCGCCAUGGGCUGCUGGCUCUCCGGACCGUGGGUGGGCGACCCAGCGCUGAGCCAACGCGACGCGCUUCGCAUCCUCGCGGCGAGUCGGCUUCCCGUCACCAUGCAGGUGAAGAGUCAGAGGGGCGGCGGCGGCGCCAUGGAGGCGGACCCCCGUGGGGCCUGGGAGCCCCUGCCCCUCAACCUUCAGCACCUGAAUCUGCCCCUGCCCAGGAUGCCAGCGGGGCUCAACGCUGCCAGCCCCGCCUAUCAGGACAGGCAUUAUUUCGGCCACUUGUCUCUGCCGCAAGAUCACUGCGACGGAGGACGCUUCGGCUACCUGCCCAGCUCCCCGAGGGACACCGUGGACGCGGGCCACCAGGAUCCGGAUGUGAGCGGGCGGCGAGCCAAGGAGCGCAACUGCCUGAUGGGAUGUUGCAACGUCAACCUCGACGAGCCCAAAGGAUACCACGGCCAGCCGGACGAUGACGACUUCAUGCUGGAGAAGCCUUUGGGCUUCCUGCCCUUCCACCACGAGCUGGACAGCGGCCUUGGCUGGACCGACGGUUCCCUCCACCAAGGUGACCUCUCCGGCCUGGAGACCGAGGAGGCCGGCCUGGAGGACUGCCACUCCCGCGGCGCCCUGGGCCUCGGCGGCCGCGGGGCCUUCGGACCCGGCGGCGGCGGCGGCGGCUCGCCUUCCUCCGAGUCCUUCAUUUCGUCGGAGCUCAGCGACUCGGGCUUCUACAGCGUGAGCACCGGAGAGUUCCGCCACUUCCAGAGGAUGCUGGAGAAGCGCAUGCGGCUGUACAACGCCAGGCUGCAGCACCAAGGAGAGACGUGCGAGAGGCGGGAGCGUCGCGACAGCUGCCCCAUGAGCCACCGCGAGCUACUGGAGGCCAUCCCCGAGACGCUCACCGUGCAGCCCCCGUGUCAGCGCCUGCAGAUGGGGAUGGAGGAGUCCCCUGGCGCCAUCUUGGACGUGCCGAACCGCGGACUUUUCAGGGUGUCAUCAGUCCAGUUCCACAAAACGGACCGUCCCUGCCUGAACCGCCACAGCUCCAGCAGCGGGGCCCUCUUCAACCCCUCCCACGCCCACACGGCCGUGCCCCGAAUGAGCGGCCCCGUCCUCUCCACCUGCAGCACGCCCUCCAGCCACCGGAGGCCGCUAGCUCCCACGCAGCAGCCGCACCACCAGGGUCCCGGCUCGGCGGGCAUGCUGAGGAGAAGCCGUACCCUGCAUCACCGCCCGCCGCAGCAAGAGUACCGGCGGAGGGCCAGCCACCCGGCCUCGCCGUCCUACUGCGCGGCCACCCUGCACCGCUGCGGCGCGGGCCCGCCUCAUGGCCUCCUGCAGCCAGGGCUGCCGGAGGAGACCGAGAUGGGGGCGGACGUGAUGGCUUCCCCACUCUCCGCACAGCAGCACCCAGUGCACAUCCGGGUGCCCAGCGAUCACGAGCUGCGCUACAACUCCAACCCCAACGCCCACCACGAAUGGUGGCAGCAAAUGACCUUGAUGCCCGACCCGCUGGAGACGGAGCAGGGCGACCAAAUGGAGAGGGACGACAUGGAGAAAAGUCUGGAGAGGGAGGCGCGGAUUCAGGAGGAGGUGGAACGAGACUUUCAAAGGAGCCGGGCGGCCAGGGAGCAGCGGCACCUCCAGGGAGCGGUCCACCUCGCCCAGCCGGGGGACGUCAACGACACGUGGCCCAAGCCGGCAAGCCGCCAGGCCCAGGGUGGCGGAGGAGGAGCCCGGGGUCUUUACAGCACCCUGGAGGGCCACACGGGGGCCACCCCUGCUACCGCAUUGGAUGCGAAGAAAGCGCAGCCGGACACGCAGCCGCCGACUUCCGGUCUUCAGCCCAAAGUGAUCCCUUGCUCCAAACCCAGCACAACUUCCCGGGUGUCCAGGAACCAGCUCCUGAGGGACCGGGCGUCACAGCUGGCCGACGAGCGCAGCGGGAUGAGCACGGACGAGGAAACCAGCGCGGACAUGCUGCUGGGUCGGUACUGGAACCGGACGGAGAGGAGAGAACACUUCCUGCUGGCCCGCGAGCAGAAGCAGCAGCAGGCCAGGGGAGGGGCAGGAACCGGGCCCGGGUCCGGCCCGCCCCGCUCUCCGGUGCCGGACGCCCGGGCGGGCGGCGCCGUGAUGGACGGGCGGUGCAACACGGUGCUGGAGAUGAGUCAGAGGAAGCUGAGCCGGCUGAGGAACCGGAAGAUGUUGGACGACUGGACCACGGUGGAGGAGCUGCUGACGCACGGAACCAGGCUGGACAGCCACGACCACCGCAUGCUGUGUGCCCGCCCCCUGCUCACCGUCACCACUGUCUAAGUCUGGAGGUCUCAAACUUGUGGGGUCCAGGGACCCCUUCCUGGGGAGAAUUUUUCCAAGGACCCUCUCAUAAGCCUAACCCUAACGAAACAUAUCUACCAUGCCACAGGAAUGAAAAAGUUGACGAUUUUCGGGGGGGGAAAUCGUCACGUUACAAUAACUUUUAGAGAACAAAAGUUUACAUGUUAUGAACGUAAAGUCGUAUUUUUUCAAGAAAUUUUUUUGGGGAAUCUUCAUAAUCUUCAAUCUUCAAAGAGAUAUUUUGUCAGGCUGAAAAGUCAGAAUUGUUAAAGUCAAAGUUUAACAAGGAAAAAAAAGUCAUUUUAACAUUUUAAGUACAUUUUAAAAAUAGAACUUCGCCCUCAUAAUAUUACGUAUUUUAUUCUGGAAAACAUGCCUUUAUAUAUAUUUGAAAAAGGAAUAUAUACAAAAAAAAAUACGCCGGUUGUUCUCGAAAAAUCAGACUACCGAUUUUCUCCUCAUAUUUGCAAUUGGGUACUUGCAAAUUCUGCUAUUUGUGGAUUUAUCAUCCGUUAUUACAACAACAAAAAAACUCACCUAAAAGUAUGACUCGGGCGCCAAGUGCCAAGGAGUUAUGUUGAAGUGAGCGGGGGCGCGUCACUUAGUCUCUUUCCCAUAGAAAAGUAGUGCUUUGCCACCAUCUUGUGGCAUCCAUAGGCAAUUAUGAAUCUUUUUGGGCGGGCGCCAUUUACUCGCAUAGUUUUAUUAUUUGCGCCAGAGCUCUGUAUAUUCUCGAAAAAAAAUAGGCCUUUUGUUCACGAGGUAGAGAGGUAUCAUUGGUUUAUUUUGUUUGUUUUACAUGUAGGUAUGAUUUUUAUUUGUAUUUUUUUUUCAACGAUAAGGUAUAAUCAUACGACCUCAAGGUACAGCUUGCAGACCCCCCCCAGGGAUCCCCGGAUCCCAAUUUGAGAACCCCCGCCCACCCGGAUGAACUCCACAGUCCUUUGCAGUGCACUGGAGCACACGAAGGCCACAUGGUGCACUGGUGGUCUCCGAACUUUAGCAGCACUGUUGUUAACCAAAAUCGCAAAAGCAUGCGGCGCCUUUCGUCAGCUUUUUCAACUUCGCAGUUAUUCCAUUACCGAUCCUUGCUGUAAGGCCGGCGAAUUUACUACACUGCCUCAUCGCAAUUGUGUUUUCCCAACCUCCGAUGUCACGUUUUAUAGGGAAACACGACACAGGUGCCCCUUUACCAUCCUCCCGUCUGGCAGUCAGGGUGUUCUGCACCUUACUACUAAGUGCACAAACAUUUGUCGACGUUUCAUAAUCAGAAAUGAUUCGACAACAGGCGGGCUGACGGAGUUUCUAAAUACGCAGGGGUUUCCUACAACACGUGCCCCCCACUUUGACACUCGUGAUGAUGAAAAUAUUGAACUCUUAGAGCAGGCAUUUGCGCAAAGCCAGGGAAAGUCAAUGCUGGCGGAACUCUAUUAAAUCUCAAUUCCGCGGGGAACGCUUUACCCAUCCAGGACAGUGAACAAAUGCUUUCAUGGUUAGCGUGUCUCGGGUGUUAAACUUCGCCUCUCACACAUACACACCCCACUGGAGCAGUGUUUGACAACCUUUAUUGAGCCAAGGCAAAUAUUUGACAUGAGGAAAAUCUCACGACACACCACCGAACAUAAGUGUCACAAAAUAUUUUGUUUUGGAGUCAGCCAGCCCUUCCUGAAACAUCUCAAAAUGCUGCUGCUCGCCUCAUCACUGGAACAUAUAGCACAUAGUUGGUCCGUAAAUGUUUUGUUUACUACAAAUAAUGUAUCCAACUUCAUCUAUCUAUGCCAGCGAUGUGUAGUGACAGGCAGAACAAUUAAAUGCUCUUCCACCUGAUGGCAGAAGGUAUAUUGUAUUUUUUUUUUUUUUCAAAUGUCAAAUAUUUACCUUGGCUCGAUAAAGGUUGAGAAACACUGGUGAAACUAUAAAAGUGAGCAUGGCCUAAAAUGCUACAAUUUGCAACAACAUUUCAAAGCGAUUAGGAUGAUUAUUUUUUCCCGAACAGUUAAAUGCAAAACAAACCCAAAAUAUUUAUGAUCACAAAACGAGAGAAAUGAACACACUUAAUGCUCCUUCGGAGCCCCAGAUGCCCGCUUGAGAUGCAUGCAGCACAUGUCCGGCUCUCCGCGGCUGGUUGUUUACACAUCGUACUCGCUCACGUGUUUACUGACCAACAAUGCACUGACUGAAAGGACAUGUCCACUUCGCUGCACGGAUUGUGAUGGAAUCAACAGGAAUACGCGCCAACGAGAAGGCGGAGUUUGCGGGAUGAAGUGCAAUAAUACCUCAGUCUCAGUGCUGCAGUUUUUAAGUCAGACAGGAAAAAAAAGGUGCACAGAGAUCCUUGUAGAUAUUUACAUAUUUUUAUUGUAAAUCCACAAGAGGGACCUAACCAUUUUUGCACAUUGUUUUUUUUUUUUUUUUUUUUAAAUACAAUGUUAUAAAAGGUGUUCCCUACCUUUUGCUUGCAGGGACGGAGGCCAGUGGAUGACUGUAGAUAGAACACAGAUAGUGUGUGUGUGUGUGUGUGUGUGUGUGUGUGUUGACGUUUUAUUUAUCAACUAUCAUAAAAAAAAUCUUUACGUGUUUGAAAAUAUUUCUUGUACUGAAUUUUCUUUUUUUUUCGGGGGAGGGGGAUAAUCUUUUGGGGUUUUAUUGCACAUUGUAUAGUAUCCAAAAACUGGUGACUUUUUUUUUUGAAAUGAACAAAAAUGAUGUAAAUAUUCUUGUGUCUUGAUUAAAUUUGACUAUUGUUUUGUGUGACCGGGACGUUCGUAUGUGUGUACAUAUUGAUUUUGUCAGAUGCAGCCAGCAGGGCGCCGCUGUUGUUUUGGAGGCUGGGCACAGAACAUCGACGUAUUCGUUCAAGCACGAGUUCUGCCAGUUGAGCUUGAUGUUUAUUUUUUUGCAAAAGUCGAACAAAUUGGACUACCCCAAAACGCUCCAUGUUACCCAUGAAAGAGUCAACAGAACCCAAGAAAUGACCACUGGUUAGCUCUCGAUACAGUGGUUCCUUGAGAUACGAGUGGCGAGUUUCUCGAGAUACGAACUGUGGUUCGGGCGAUUUUUUUUUUUUUUUUUUUUUUGCAAUGCUGCAGAAACACAUGUAGACAGACAAGACAGGCAGGCAUAGAUUCUUUAUCAUCUGCCAAAAACGACCAAUAUUACUGCCGCUCACUCAGUCACUUAAAGUAGUUGUGAAACUAUUCUUUGUUUGUGUUUGUAUGAAUGUAUUAUACUGCCCCCCUUUGACCAGGUGGCACACAGCAGAAGGUGCCGCAAUGAAUUACUCAUGAUGAUAAACCCUGUUUAAUUCUUUACAUUCUGUCUAGUUAUGUUAUUACUAGAUGGUUUUAUCAAGUACAAUGUUAUAGAGUGCUAUUUUCCAUAUUAAAAACACAUUGCACAA